GUCCUUCCUCAGCCUCCCUCAUCUAUCGGACCGUGCGGGGCGCCGCGCUCGGUUCUGUUCGGAGCUUUCAGGCUGGAUCUGCGGGGGCUCCGUGUGGAUGUUCGGUGGCUGCUCCGGUUCCAUGGCCGCUGCUGGCGGUGGAUCAGCUGCAGCUGAACCCUCCGAGAUGCUCCGAGUUCCCCGCAGCUUCAGAGCAACGCCGGCCCGGGGACACAGCGAUGUUUUUCAGACGGAGAGCCAGGAUGCUGCGGUGGCUGCUCUGUGGUCGUCUGGGACCAGUUUGGAUGUGGAAAGCUCUGCUGCUUUUUCUGGCCAUCGCCUUUGCUGGUCAGCUGCUGGGAGUCAUCUUCAACAAAAGCAGCGUCCAACCUGCUGCACGCUCCAUCUUUUCGUCCCCUGACGCUCAGGGCCCGUCUCUGGGAUCCUGUCAGCCCCACACCCACAUCAUGUUCCUCAAGACCCACAAGACGGCCAGCAGCACGGUGCUCAACAUGCUGUACCGCUUCGGCGAUGAGCACCACCUCCGCUUCGCCCUGCCGCUGGGAUACCAGCUGGGCUACCCGCUGCCCUUCAACGCUCACAGGGUCAAAGGCUACCGGGGUCCCGGAGCCAUCGAGUUCCACAUCAUGGGGAACCACAUGAGGUUUAAUAAGGCAGAGGUGGAGAAGGUGAUGCCGUCAGACACCUUCUACUUCUCCAUCGUCAGAGACCCCGUCGCUCUGGCCGAGUCUUCCUUUGCUUAUUACAAAGAAGUCGCCCCGGCGUUCCGGAAAGCCAGAGGAUUGGGGGAGUUCUCCGACGACCCUAACAAAUUUUACGACCCCCGUCUGCGAAACAACCACUACGCCCGCAACCUGCUGUGGUUCGACUUCGGCCUGGACCACAACGCUAACUUCUCUACGGCGCUGGCUCGGCUCGGGGUCAACAUGAUCCGAAGGACCUUUAAGCUGAUUCUGGUUUCGGAGUAUUUCGAUGAGUCCAUGAUCCUGCUCAGACACGCCCUCUGCUGGCCGCUGGAUGCGGUGGUCUCCUUCAGCCUCAACGCGCGGCAGCAGAAGCCAGCCGGCGGGGCGGGCGGCGGCUGGAUGGGCAAAGCAGUGGCGGCGGCUGGCGUCAGUAUCCGAGGCGGGCACCUUCAGCCCAAAAUGCCACCGAAUCUUUCCCUAACCGAGGCGCAGCGAGAAAAGCUGCGGCAGUGGAACGCUUUCGACUGGUUCCUGUACAGAGCCUUCAACCAGACCUUCUGGGAGGAGAUCGACAGGUUCGGUCGCACGCAGAUGGAAAAGGAAGUGAAUCUGCUCAGGAUGCGCAGGAAGGACCUGGCCCGGGCCUGCCUCCGAGACGGCGGGAAGCCCGUCGAAGCUCACCGGAUCCGGGACAAAAACAUCCGACCCUUCCAGAGCGGGUUGGUGAAAAUCCUGGGCUACGAGCUCCAGCCGGGGCUGGACAACGCCACCCGCACGGCGUGCAUGAGGAUGAUCAGGCCUGAGAUCCAAUACAAAGACGUCUUAGACUCCAAACAGUUCCCCCCCGCCCAUGGCGUCCAGCAGCAGAGCCAGAGGCUGCUGGUGGCGGUGGGAGGGACCUUUCUAAAGCAGGAUUCCCCCAGGAAAGAGACGGGCGGACGGACGCUGGAGGACGGGGCGAAGGACUGGGACGGCAGCCCGUUACUUAGGAACAACCAGACUUUAGUGCGACAGCAGAGGCUUCCUGUCUGAAGCCUCGUAGAAACGGUUGGAUGAUAGUUUUAUUUGCCUUUGUGGAUAAAAACCCUCUUUGAUCUGAGUUUUGUAAAUAUCAUCAUAGCCGUAGUUAAUGUUGCUGUCAUCACAUGUUCUAAUAGCAGCACCACAAAGGUUGGAGGACUCCUGCUGGGCAGCGUCAGCCGUCCUCAGAUUACUCCCUGGAUCUAGUUUCACUGUUAAACCCUGAAGCCCCGAAAGUCUUAGGAUCAAAUUCAGCCUGAAAUUCCAUCCAUCAAUUAAAGCAAAUCCAGCUCCCAAACUAUCAAUUACAAAUACAAGUGUUUGUAUUUAUAUAACAGAAAGGCAUUGAGGAAUAGUUUUCAGGUGGAACCACUAUUUUAAAUGAUUUAUAGGUGAUUAAACAAAGAAAAAAAGAAAAAUAUUUAGCCUUGCCAACAUUUUUUUUUUUCAAAAUAAAAGCUCCAAAACACCAUAAAGCCCAUUAGAAGCUCUGGAUGAACCUCAGACUUUAUAGAUCCAUAUCUAGACUAGAACUAAAGCUAAUCUGGACUGAAUCAGUUGAAGCAUGUUUGUUCCACAAAGGUUUUAAUUGGCAGAGACUUAGGAGGAAAUGGGAUUUUAGUG